AAAAAAUGGGAAGAAAAGACUGAAGCAAGGAGAGGUGGGGGCAAAACGGCAAAGACAGGGCUGGGGAACAAAAAACUAAGCCAAAAAAUGAUAAAAAUGAUAAAAAAGGAUAGAAGGAAGACUGGUGAGAGAAAAACACAGGUAAAUGAAGGAAGAAAAGACUGGAAAAAAACAAGUUUUGUGGAAAAAAUGGGGAAGAAAGCAGGGGGAAAAGGGACGAUGGAAAAUGGGCAGACAAAAAACCCUGAAAAACCAAGAACUGAGAGAAAAAUUAAAAAAUAGAGACAAAAAUUAAUGGCUAAACACAAAACGAGGCAAAACAGAAAAAAUAAAGGUGGGAAAAAAGCACACAAACAAAACAAGGGCAGAAAAAGACCCAUGAAAAGAAAAAAUCAGAGGCAACAAGCAAGAAAAAAACCCUGGAAAAAAAAGUACUGAGAGAAAAAAUAAAGGAAAACAGCCAGAAAAGCUCCAAAGAAAUAAAAUACCAAUAAAAAAAUAAAAAAGAACUGAGAAAAAAAGAAAUAAAUGAAAAAAAACAGGAAAAAAGGGGGGAAAGGAAAACUGAGAAGAAAAUGAAAGAGGGACGACGCAGAGAGCAGCACCUGAGGAGAAAAUGGCGGCAGGAAGGUAGAAACAAGCAAAACUGAGGUAAAAAAGCAGGGAAAACCACUAAAGAAACAAACCCUGACAGAAAAUACCCCUAAAACCGCCCGAAAAACACCCACGCGACGUAAAAACGGGCGGAGAGGACGGGGAAACACGCCCGCCGCGACCGUUAGGACCGUUGAAGCCGUUGACGCCGCCGCGCGCACGCGUUUCCCGCCCAAACGCCGCGGCCACGCCCCCUCCGCCGGGCCCGCCGCGCUCCGGCCACGCCCCCACCGCUCCGGCCACGCCUCCCUCCUCUCCGGCCCCUCAGCGCGCUCCGGCCACGCCCCCUCGAUCAGGCCACGCCCCCUCUUCACCAGCGCCUCAGCGCGCUCUGGCCACGCCCCCUCUCGCCGGCCACGCCCCCUCGCGCAGCGCUUGCCGGCGCUUUUACGACAGCGGCGGCCGAGCGGAGCCAUGGCGGCAGCAGAGCGGGAGCCCAGGGGGGAGGAGGAAGAGGAGGAGGAGGAAGAAAAGGAAGAAACAGAGGAAGAAGAAGAGGAGGAAGAUGAGGAAGAGGAAGAAGAGGAAACAGAAGAUGAAGAAGAGGAAGAAAAAGAGGAAGAAGAGAAGGAAGAAGGGGAAAAGGAGGGGGCCGGCGGCGGGGAGCCCCCGGGGGCCCCGCGGCGGGAGGCCGAGGAGGAGGAGGAGGGCGCCGGGGGCCGGGAGGAAGGCCGGCGGGUGGUGCCCGGCGUGCUCUACCUGGGCCACCUGCCCCCGGGCCUGGGCCCCCGGCACCUGCGGGCCCUGCUGAGCCCCCACGGCGAGCUGGGCCGCAUCUUCCUGCAGCCCCUCGGGCACGAGGCGAGGACAAGGAGGAAGAGGAGGCGGCGGGGGCAGCGGCACGGCUGGGCCGAAGGCUGGGUGGAGUUCCGCGACAAGCGGGCGGCCAAGAUGGCGGCGCGGGGGCUGCGGGGGGCCCCCCUGGGCGCCCGCCCCCGCCCCCUGCGCCACCUGCGCUGGAGCCUCCAGUACCUGCCGGGCUUCCGGUGGCCCCACCUGAGCGAGCGGCUGGCGCAGGAGCGGGCGGCGGCGGCGGCGCGGCGCCGGGCCGAGGCGGCGGGGGCCAAGCGCCGGGGGGCCGCCUACGCCCGCAACGCCCAGCGGGGCCGCUGCUUCGCCGCCCGCGACAUGGCCGCCGCCAACAUGGCCGCCGCCGCCAACAUGGCCGCCCCCGACAUGGCCGCCGUGGCCCCUAACAUGGCCGCUGCUGCGACCUCCAAUAUGGCUACCUGCAACAUGGCUGCCGCAUCCUCCAAUAUGGCUGCCGCAUCCUCCAAUAUGGCUGCUGCCACCUCCAACAUGGCCGCCGCCGCGACCUCCAACAUGGCCACCCGCAACAUGGCUGCCGCAUCCUCCAAUAUGGCUGCCGCAUCCUCCAAUAUGGCUGCCACGACUUCCAACAUGGCUGCCGCCGUGACCUCCAACAUGGCUACUCACAAGAUGGCUGCCACGACCUCCAACAUGGCUACUCGCAAGAUGGCUGCCGCCACCUCCAACAUGGCCGCCACGACCCCCAACAUGGCCACUGCCACCCCCAACAUGGCCACUGCCACCCCCAACAUGGCCGCCGCCACCCCCAACAUGGCUGCCUCCAUCUCGGACGUGGGCGCCGCCAUGUUGGACAUGGCCGCCGCCCCCACCCGGCGCCCCUGGGCCUUCGCCCAGCGCCCCACGGAGGCCGAGCGCCGCCGCCGCCACCCCCCCCGGCCCGGCGCCGCCAUCUCUUGCGCGGCAUCUUCACCGCCUGAGCGCCGCCGCCGGCGGGCCCAGGCGUCCGAGGGGCCCAGGCGUCCGGGUCCCACCCCACCCCGCGGCGGAAAAACAGCCCCGAGAACUGUGUUUUUCUCCUUAAAACUUUUAAUACAUAAAAAAAAUAGUUCCUGGGGGGGCGGAGCCCACUCGCAGUUUCUUCUCUCUUCCGGGGGGCGGAGCUACGGGAGGGGGCGGGGCCGGGGGCGGGGCUAUGGCUUCGGCGGCGAAUCUCCCUGA